AUGGCUCUCACCUCCCCACCCGAUGCGAACAAACAAGAUCCGAUCGUCUUCCUCAUUUCGCACAUGACACCAGAUGUUCGCCUUCAAGUUUUCGAUCAACCGUUUCACAUCCAUUCAAUGGUACUACGCAUACACUCCUCGUUCUUCCGCACUUUCUUGGAUUCCGUAGACAAGACAGAUAUCGCACCAUCCGCCACGGGAUUUGCGUACGACUCCAUUACUGAGAUCGAUGCUGACGGGCAAGGAUGGAACUUGGUUCGAUCUGAGAAGAAGAUUUAUUCAACGUCUUUCAGUAAAUUCUCCGGCAACACCAAAUACCAGACAGUAGCAUUUGGAAAGCUAAUGCGCUGUAUGUAUUAUCGUGACCUCAAGCUUGAGGGUGUCGAUGAGCUGAAAGUCAUAUUGGCAUUGUCCGACUACUUUGGGAUGCUUCGGUCCUUUUCGGGUAAUCUUACAGACGCAUUGUUCAUGAAUGGAAGCAUUAAGCCGAACGAAAACAACUGUCUGGAUCUCUUAGAAAUUGCAGUCAAGUGUCGUCACAGGAUAUUAUAUAACGAUUGCCUUAUUCUAGCGAUCAAUCCAUGGCGGGAACCUCGGUAUCUGAAGCUCCAGAAUGAGACACUGAAGAGUAAGGCAGAAGAGGCGCACAUGAAAGUGGCUUCGCGAGUUGAAAAGACUCAUUCUCACAUAUUGAGCUUCGUAGCCGAAGGAAGAAUGCAGGAUACCAAAUUUGUACAGGCUGUGCGUUCCAGCACAGCCUCCGUUGGUUAUGGGUUUAACGUUGCUCGAUAUUUCCGUACGAUGAGAGAUGCUGGUUGCGAUGUUCAAAGGCAUGGGAAAUAUGGUGAAAAACCUCUUUCCGAUGUUCUUUCGAGCAAUCUGAUACUGGACACUAAAGCUGAGAGUGGAGGGUGUCAUUCGCCAGACAGCUUCUUCUGCCUCGACAUCAAGACCUGUGAUUUACCGUGGGAUAUAAUGGAGGUCGAUUGGUAA